UAGCUAGACGCGGCGUUGCUCGAUCCCUUGCUAGCGCACAAUAGAACAUUCCACCUCCCUACCGCCGCCUUGUGUACACGUCCACGUAAUUAUCUUUUAAUUGCGUAAUUGGCAAUCCAAGUGUAUUUCGCGCAUUUAGCAAAAGUGUCACGAAGAUGUCGACUAACGGGCCCGCCGGAAUUGACACGACGGACGCGAGAAAAGGCGAUGGACAAGCGUCUCUAGGUUCGGUGGACGUGGAUGCCCGGCAAGCCAAGUCGCACAGUUACCGAUACAGCCUCGAUUUCCCCUCCAUAGGACAAUGCAUCAUCAUCAACAACAAGAAUUUUGACAGCAGAACAGGGAUGAAUCAGCGCAACGGCACCGACGUGGACGCGGGCAACGCCAUGCAAGUCUUCGCCAAGUUGGGUUACAAGUGUAGACUUUACAAUGAUCAGACGGUUGCCCAGAUGAAACAGGUUUUGACUGCAGUGUCCAAGGAGGAUCACGGGAGCAACGCGUCCCUGGUUUGCGUGCUGCUGAGUCACGGCGACGAAGGCGUCUUCUUCGGCACCGACGGCUCCCUGGAGCUCAAGCAGCUCACUUCGCUUUUCCGCGGGGAUCGCUGCAAGACGCUGGUGGGGAAGCCAAAACUCUUCUUCGUACAGGCGUGCAGAGGCACCGAGCUGGACGCCGGCAUCGAAGCGGACGGCGGCGAGGACGGCGUGUCCAGGAUCCCCGUCGAGGCCGACUUCCUCUACGCCUACUCCACCGCGCCGGGCUACUACUCGUGGAGGAACACCAUGACGGGCUCGUGGUUCAUCCAAUCGCUGUGCGAGAUGCUGAGCGCGCACGGUAAAACGCUGGAGCUGCUGCACAUCCUGACCCGCGUCAACUACAAAGUGGCGCUGGACUUUGAGUCCGUGUCCACGGCUCCGGGCUUCGACGCCAAGAAGCAGAUCCCCUGCGUGGUGUCCAUGCUGACCAAGGAGAUGUACUUUACGCCUUGACCGCCGGCGUAUUUGCUGCCGUUCCAGACAUGAUUCAGGUAUUUUUUGGAGUUUCAACACUUGGCUUUAUUUUGUUGCCUGCUCUGCAAAAGAGAAGGGUACGUGUCUAACUUGAUAGAGUUGACGUUUCUGCCAUAUUUCACUCCUUAAAUAUCACAUGAAAAGUCAUCUUCCGCUUAUCCUCGUGAUGGUCGAGGGGGUGCUGGAGCCUAUCCCGGCUAACGUGGCAUCAUUUUCAUGUUUUAACUUGAUCGGUACCAUGUUUAAAAUUAAAAUGUAUUCUUAAAGCUGCCUACAUUGCUUUUCUGUAAUAUUGUCAAAAUAAUAAUAAGAACAAAUGUUGGAACUUUUUUUUCCUCUGGAGUGGCAGCAGUACUUUUUCCAUUUUUUGAGAGUUUAUGUAUGUACACCUCAUAGGCAUUAUAAAAUGAAUAUUUGUGUCAAGCAUUUCAUGAUUGGAGUGCACUUCGUGAGCAAUUUUGUUUUAUGUUUGCUGUUUACACAAUUCAGGAAAGUAGUUAACCACUAGCGUAGCGCAUGUGUCGAAAUACAAUUCAGGAAAGAUGUUCGAUCCAUUUUGAACGGCGCUGAAAUUUGACGACUGGGCUGACAAUCUUUUGCAGUACCGUUCGGAACUUGUUUUUGUAACCGUGAUGUGACGUGCUUUCUUGAAAAUAAAUGUUCCGAAGCCUG